UACAUGGUGUUUUGGAGAAUCUAUGCAAGAAUGAUUAUCCCCUGGUUCUGUUCCUUCAUCAGUAUCUUGGGAUUGACCGAUGUACUUGCUGAGAAGAACAAAUGUUCGGAAGCAGAAUCUGAUCUCAUGAAAUACAUAAAAUGGCAGAUGGAGAUUUCUAAUGGUGGAUGUAACAGUCCCUCACCGCAAAAAUGUCAUUGUAAAACAAAAGAGGGAAGAACUAUAGCUUUCCAAAUUAUGUUGGAUGCAGCUUUGAAAAACCUUCCAAAGGAAGCUGUAGUAAAGUUUGACAAAGUGAUUACUAACAUAGGUGGCGCUUAUAACCCAUCUACAGGUAUAUUUACAUGCCCAGAAGAUGGAGUCUAUAGUUUUGCCUGGACAACCAUGACAUAUUCUGGAAGUCGGUUCGAUUCUGAAUUUGUAGUUGAUGGAACUAUCAAAGCUUACAACUUUAACAUUGCAGGAAACAGUCACGGAUCUUCUUCUCAAACAGCUGUUGUGGAGUUAAAGAAAGGCAACAAAGAAUGGAUACGUACAUAUUCCACUCAUGGUUUCCUAAUAGAAGGUAGAUGGUCCUCAUUUUCAGGAUUUAACAUUUGAUUGAUAAGUGAUCAAUAAUUCAUUUGUGAAUUAUGUUACAAAUAAAUAUACUUACUGUAUGAUAUGGUG